UUAGUGAGUGUUUGUAUUGUUUGUUAUUAUAUGUACUGUAAAUGCAAUGAAAAAGUAAUUAUUAAAUACUUGUCAUCAAAACAAACACAUAAUGAAAGUGUCGGCAAAUUUCUGGACAUUUGGACUACAAUUAGCGGCAAUACUAUGUGUUAUGCAAUGUAUUGUACGAUGCGAUGARUCGGCUUCGGGACAGUCUUCUUCGGCCACWARUGACCAGACAKUGGGCUCAGAAAAGAAAGUAAAGAAACUGCAGAUCGGUGUCAAAAAACGGGUCGAAAACUGUGACCGCCGGACAUCUAAGGGUGACAUUGUUCACAUACAUUAUAAGGGCACUCUCUACGAUACCGGUGCCGAGUUUGACAGCUCAUACAAGAGAGGCCAGCCGUUGACAUUUACGCUGGGWAUGGGUCAGGUUAUUGCCGGUUGGGAUCAGGGACUACUGGGUAUGUGUGCCGGCGAAAAACGCAAACUGGUUAUACCGUCCGAUUUGGCAUACGGUGCGGCCGGUGCGCCGCCAACCAUACCGGCCAAUGCRGCCCUAGUAUUUGAAGUCGAGUGCGUUAAGAUUGAAAGCCGACGCAAUGAUCUGUGACCACUGUAUGACAGGCCAUUUGACUACUUUCCCCAAUAAAUACCGCAAUUUUGUCCCAUUUAUUAUAAUAAUACCUGUCAUUUAAAAUUUCACAUUUUUUUAACUUUUAUAUUUAUAG